ACAGAAACAACAUCCUUCAUGUGGCCUGUAUUGGAGGACAUGUUGACAUGGUGAAGUAUGUCCUCUCACAGAAGGUUGCAGACAUCAACAGUAGGGGUCAGUACGGGAGGACACCCGUGAUGAUGGCAGCACUGAAGGGGCACAGAAAAGUGUUUUACUUUCUUGUGAGAGAAGGAGCUGAUGUAUCAUUAGUGGAUGAUGACGGAGAGAACAUCCUUCAUGUGGCCUGUAUUGGAGGACAUGUUGACAUGGUGAAGUAUGUCCUCUCACAGAAGGUUGCAGACAUCAACAGUAGUGGUCAGUACGGGAGUACAUCCGUGAUGGUAGCUGCAAACAUGGGACACAGAGAAGUGUUUGACGUACUUGUGAGUGAAGGAGCUGAUGUAUCAUUAGUGGAUGAUAACAGAAACAACAUCCUUCAUGUGGCCUGUAUUGGAGGACAUGUUGACAUGGUGAAGUAUGUCCUCUCACAGAAGGUUGCAGACAUCAACAGUAGGGGUCAGUACGGGAGGACGCCCGUGAUGAAGGCAGCAAAUAUGGGACAGAGAAAAGCGUUUGAUUUGUGAGGGAAGGAGCUGAUGUAUCAUUAGUGGAUGAUAACAGAACCAACAUCCUUCAUGUGUCCUGUAUUGGGGGACAUGUUGACAUAGUGCAACAUGUUCACACAUGCAAUCUGAUGUCCGUAAAAGGCCAUACAGCUAAAGACCUCCUUUCUUUAAGACAAUGCAGCAGUGAGGCCUGACAGACAUCAAAUAGCCAGAGUGCCGGUCGUAACUAUUUUAGUUUCACGGACAUAUUUCAGGUGCAAAACUUAUUUUCAAAUUGUGUUGUACAAAAAGAAGGUUAUUUUCAUAGUGCUGACUCUUUAUUUACAAUGUUUUUAUCACAUUGGUAAUUCAGCCGUCCGGCUAUAUGACGAGGCUCAAAGUUGUAUUAUAAUGUUUACACUACAUGGUGUUUUAACAUCUCAGAGAAAAUAGCUCAUGCAUCUCACUUCUUGUGUUUUGCACAUGUGUCGCGAAGGGGAAAGGUCUUAAUCAGAUUUUUCCCGUCGCCAUGCAUGCUGACUUGAUCUCCACAUGCAUGCUUGUAAUCAGAUCUCAGGUCGCAGAACAGUGUGUUUGAAUGUGGUACUUAUCACCCGAGUUAGUAAAAGUCGGAAAAACUGUGACACCCGACAAUAAACCUGUAAUUUUAUAAUCAACUUCAAAGACAGACAACUUCAUGUGUGUCACUUCAAUUUUCCUUUGAUAUUGUAAAGCGUUUUACACAUUAGUAUCAAUCUAUAGUGACAGUCGAACACUGUGAGAAACACCGUGAGUACAAGUUACAUGUAGAAAGAUAAGGUCUUAGUUGAACGUUUGAGGAUUACCUGCUACGAUGUCAGCAAUUCUUUAAAUAGUUUAAAAUGACACAUAGAAACCUCUUGAUAUGCUUAGCUUAGACUAGUUCACAGGGUUCGCUACGUUCAAGAACCCCAUUUCAAUACCCCGUGUUAUGUCAGGUAGACAUCGAAGCUAUUUAUUUGCCAACAACCAUUUGCAGUUUAAAGAUUAGCUGGCAUACUUUCUCUAUUUCAUAAAAUAUCAGCCAUUCUGAAACAACUAGCUGAUAUUUAUUCAUGUUUAACGAAAGACUCCACUCCACAUGAUUAAUCAAAGAACCAAUCAUUAUUUUGUUUCAAGGCAAACUAACCUACAGGUGGUGCAACUAUACAUACAUUCACACAAGUCACAUGUAUGUCUUAACACUGAUAAAGAUCAGUAAUUAUUUUAAAGGUUCUUGUAGCUUCAUCUGCAUAUCGAUUUCAGCCACUCGAUAAUACAUUGUAUGUGUGUCAUAAAGGCCUGCCACAUUUCCCAACACUACAGCAUUAAGAAAUGACCUGCUUAUAUUUAGAAUAUGCGUACAAAAUGACCAGUGUAUAUUUGCUAUUUUGCUUCAUUUCUUUAACCCCUAUAUAUAAGUACUGAUAUAAAUUUUAUGGCUAAAGUGUGAAUAUUAUGACUGUAGAUAUAUCAUAUGUUUUUCGUCACUGGAAAAGGGCUAUAUGACAUGUACCAUGAAGACUAUAAAGCUUUGAUGCAUUUAGAUCAGGUAAGUAAGUAUACGAGUUACUUACUUGAUCUAUACCUAUCUGUAAGUAUAUUUUCAAAUGUGCACAAGUAUUCCACAUUUCUAAAUUCUCUAGGUACACUGAGAUAUCGUACCAUGAGCUAUUUAAUAUAACAACAAGGGUUGAUUAAUGUUUCUAUAAUGUCACGGGUGUAUCUCCAACCAAUAUUAUCUAAUCAGCACGAAAGGGCGAGAAAGUAUCAUGAUAAACAGCACCGAAGAUAAAUAUUCCAUUAGUUACACUGGUGUUCAAAGAGUGAACCCAUUUCAGUCCAGUAGAUUUAUUGUGUUUUCAUUUGGUUUUGGUCGCGAUAACGGUAACAAACAAGCUAAUUUAAAAGGUGUUACAAUGAUCUGAGUUUUUCUAAAUGUUUAAACGUCAGUGUUAUCUGUUGUGAAGCCAUCAACAGCAUCAUUUGACCUUAUGUAAACAUCCAGUAGCCACAUGAGCAUAACCUUCCUACUUCAGAUUUCUGUACAUCACUUGCUUGUUAACGGUAUGAGUGUCUACACCGAAACAUCGCAUUCAUUGUAAUAAAACGGUUGUAUGUGCAUAGAA